AUCGUUCACUUCGAGUUGAAACAGUCGUAGGGUUCGUCGGUCCUCACUCGUUUCAGAACGACUAGUCCAGGCGGGUACUUUGCUGGUUGUUCCCGAGCAGCCGGUGGUUCAAAUCGAAUAGAUCUGUAUUUUCAUGUGCUUAUGUCAAGAGGAAAUUCACCCGGCCUCUAUUAAAUUUAAGGGUGGUGACGCAGAGAAAGCUUGCCCUGUGACUGGCAAUUGUCUCCUUCCCUACAACUACAAAAUUUUCCUGAACGGAGAACCGCCUUGGAACCGCUGCUGCUAGCACCCCUGACAACUAACCUCUAAAUUUCCUUAACCCACACACAAACUGCUUAAAUCUGAGCACAGGCUGCCUCCUUGCUUACUUUGUCAAUCAUUUAUUUCGCAUUUAACAACCGUAUCCCUAUAAGACCCUAAAAAGAAAACAAACGAACCGACCUCAUCAGUCAUCAUGAAAAUCGAAAAUAUCGACGAACCAGUGCGCAUACUCAACUCGAACGUAGACGUGAAGAGCGUCAUCCGGGAGAUCGCCCAGGACGUGAACCAGGAAGAGGCCUUCUACGUCUGUCACCUGGACGAGAUCGUUCAGAAGCAUCGCAUCUGGGAAUCCCGCAUGCCCAGAGUCGAACCUCAUUACGCUGUGAAAUGCAACGACAACAUCACCGUUUUGGAAGUACUGGCCGCCCUUGGUACAUCUUUCGACUGCGCCUCCAAAGUGGAGAUCGCCAAAGUUCUGUCCGUGGGCGUGUCCACCGACCGCAUCAUUUUCGCCAAUCCGGCCAAACCGGCCAGUCACGUGCGUUACGCUGCUUCCGUGGGCGUGGCCACGAUGACGUUCGAUAACGAGAGCGAACUAUACAAGAUCCAGAAUCUCUACCCUAACGCUAGAUUGGUUAUCCGUAUCCGGUGCGACGCUGUCGACGCCCAGUGCCCCCUCGGCAUGAAAUUCGGCUGCGACCCCGUCAAGGACGCCCCUUACCUGCUGGACAUCGCCAAGUCUCUCAACCUGAACGUGGUGGGCGUGAGCUUCCACGUGGGCUCGGGUUGCCGCGAGGCUACCGUCUUCCACAGGGCUAUCUCCUUCUGCAAAGAUCUGUUCAACUACGCGGAUAAUCUCGGUUAUUGUUUCACCCUGUUGGACAUAGGCGGCGGAUAUCCCGGAGUUAGAGGAUCGUCCAUUGACGAGAUCGCUAACGUAGUCAACGACGCACUAGACAUCUUCUUCCCCGACCCCUCCAUCCAAAUCAUCGCCGAACCGGGCCGCUUCUACGUCACCUCCGCCUACACACUGACCUGCAACAUCCACUCCAUCCGGAACGUAGGCAACCGGGAAGACGGGUCGCGCAAAAUGCACAAGAUGUACUACAUCAACGACGGCGUCUACGGCAGCUUCAACUGCAUCCUGUACGAUCACCAGGUAGUCAAGCCGCAACCGCUGCGCGACUACGUCGGCACCAAGAAGUACUCGAGCAGCAUCUGGGGCCCCACCUGUGACGGUCUCGAUCAGGUGAUAGAGGACGUGGUGCUGCCGGAAAUGAACAUUGGAGAUUGGAUAGUGUUUGAGGAUAUGGGGGCGUAUACAUUGCCGGUGGCCAGUCCCUUCAACGGGUUUCCUAUUCCGAAAGUUCAUUACAUCGCCAGCGAGAGCGUAUGGAAUAUGUUGAAGGAUGUAGUGACAAUGUCCGAAGACAGUUUCAAAAUGAUGGACGGGUCCAUGUCCAAGAAACUAGAGUCCGCCAACAACCGCUACAACUACUCCGACAUUCCGGCUACGAUUGAACUACCGCACUACAACCAAAAAGUCGUAGCGGGCGACCAUCUUCUCAACUACAUUAAUAUCUCCUUGAUCGAGUAACUACCUCCGUAGUUUCCGACUUCUUCCAUUCUUUAAAUUUUACAAUUGUUGUUAGUACAAUACGAGAGAUUUUCGAUAGUUUAAUUUUAUAUAUAAUAUGACCGUUGCUUGGUAGAACAGGGAAGAUACGCAACCUAAUGGGCAAAUUCGUGACAAAUUUGAUUUGAUUUCUCCCUUACGUCUCAAGUGCUGUAUGGCGGAGCCUCUACUCAUUCUGCGGCCAACGCAUAAAAGACUCAUUUUCUCUAAUUCGGCGAGCGAAGGCAUAUCGAAGACGGUGUGGAACUAAAAGCGACAGUGUUGCCAUAUUAAAAUGUGUAUUAUCUGUAAUACGUUUGCUGAAAAAUCCGCUUUUAUGUAUUGAAAAUGUAUUUGUGUUAAACAUAGAAUAAACAACAAAAAUAAAAAUUCUUUUUAUAGGUACUGAAUAUUUCGUAUGAUCGAAAAAGUCGUUUAGUUGGCUCGGAAAUAACGAUUAUUGACAUUUACCAUAAUAUUUUACAUACGAAAUAACAGCAAUCUUCAUUUCCAAGACAACAUUUAAUCAUAUAAUAUAUUAAAUUGUUUAACGAUAGAAAAUCCGUAUUAUUAACGUACUGUAUCCAAAAUCCGUAAAUCUACGGAUUAAUCAGUAGUUCUGGCAUCACUGUGUCCGGCAACCACCCUCUGUCGACUGAAAGCAGAACUACGGUACAGUUUUCUCUAUUCGCUGCGCUGUAAACAACUAUCAGCGCGAUUGUAAACGACUCGGCGCAGAGCUAAACUAAAUAUCUGACAGGUUGACUAGCGGCGACAGUAACGCCAGCUGUCGGACAUGUAAUUUUUUUGUGUCUCGAAAUCGCCCAUAAGGUUGCGCAUCUUCUUAUUUCGUUAUCAGCGAUUUGACGAAAAUACUCGAAAAUAUCACAGAAUACAAGGAGGAUUCAAAUUGCAAUCAGUGAAAUUUUUUUUUAAUAAUGUGUUAGAAAAAUAGUCUUUUUUUGACUUCUGAGACCUCCAUGUAUUUUACGUGCAAUACCGCAUAAAAAAAUACCUAAAAAAUAACUGUUUUAGAUGUUUAGAGUAAUGUACACUGUGUCAAUUCGUUCAUUGUAUUUUAACGUUCAAAAUAUUUUCGAAUCUUAAUUCAACAUCUAGAAUUUCUCGUUUGAAUAACAAAAUUAGAUUUAUAUAUUUACGGACAGUAUGUAAGCACAUAAUCAUUUCUAGUUAGUAAGUUUUAUUUUUUUCCUUUUUGGUUUUUUAGAAAAAUGGGUUUUAACUGAUUCUUUUUUAUCAUUAAUUUUUUUAAUAGUACAGUAUAGGGUUGUGCGUGUUAAAAUCGAAAAAAAUGGAAUUGGAUUGAACGCGUUUUCUAGUUGUUUAGUUUUUGGAGGUUGAUGUAAAAGGAAAGUGACUAGGAAAUGCGUAGGCGUUUGUCCAAGUUUAGGCAUGGGUAAGCAAGGGGGCAGCUUUGAGCUAUCAUAAACUCGAAAAUACUCUUUAAUAUAUAACAUCAUUGUAUAUUUUAGUUUGUAUGAAAUAUGCUAGGGUGUAAAUUAUAUUAAUUUGCUUUUAGAUUACGCUUGGCUAGAUAUUUAAGAUAAUAAAUUAUUUAAU